AUGGCGCCAGUUGUGACGGCGGUUCAGCCGCCUUCUGUCGCGUCCAAGAUCAAGCGUCCUGUGCCCCCUGGCAUCCAAACCAAUGGAGCGAGCUCUAUCCGAUCAUCGCCAUCGCCUUCAAUGUCGACAAAGAAACCUCCCAACUCCGCAGCAACGAAUGGCGCGAACCUACAAUCAGCGCGGCCAAUCAAUCGCACGCGCCGUGAACAGUCGGCCCAAGGCAGUCGCAUUUCUAGGAAUAGCGUUGGACUCCGGUCGGCAUCGCUUGUCGGCGAUAUGGCAGCCGCCCAGCCUUCGCAGCCAUUGCCAUACAUUGUGACGGAUGAAUACAUUUUAAAGAAGUUCGCAGGCAACGCGCCAUCCCUAGUCGUACAUAUGCACGCAACUCAUUUCCGGUUCGAUCAGCAGGAUGGCAUUUUCCCAUACAAGUCUCCGAUGCGGUUGUUUCUGGAGCACUUGCGCGAGCGCACCGUGCCUCAUGAUCUAAUCGAAUACUUCUCAGAUGCGGGUGUGCCUUUCUACGAGGGAUGCCUGAUUGUCCAGGUCCACGACCACAAGUCGGUAGCUCAGUCGAAGGAAGUCCAGCGACCGACGUCGGCAUCGAGCAAGGUUGUGCCCUCCUCAAUUCACAAUCACAACCCAUAUAUUGUCCCUUCACCAUACGUUCCGUAUCCUAAAGAGUCACUCGGUGCGCAACCCGAUGCUGCAUCCGCCGCUCAGGAGGACACCAAACCAAAAACUGCAGAAGAGAAGGAUAAGCAGAGCAUGCCGGCACCUAGUCUGCCUGGCGAGGGUCAGAAAAGCAAGACGCCUGCAAAGCCCAAGACUUUCACCGUAGUUCUCCACCCUACGCCUGAAAGUCUUCAGGCAGACCUGCUGAUAAAGGCUACAACCCCUCGGGGCGCGGCAGACGCGCGAGGAAAUGUUGAUGGCACUGGAAUUGUGCCUCCAUCAACGCCGAUAACCAUGGUGCCGCCUACUCCUACCGCAGGCAGCAUGCCUCCUCCCGCCAAGAAGCCAAAGCGCGAGCGGAUGGAGCUUGAUGGAAGCAACAUCUAUCAAGCAGAGUCACAGAUUUUACUUGCGACCAACGCCCCUCUUUUCUUGGAGCCAACUCGAGAUACGGAGGAGACCAUUUCUCUGCUUGAUGCGUUGGCACAUCCCCAACAUUCGGACUCGCCCCCUCAGCCCAAAACCCGCAAGAGAACUGUCGCAGAGAUGGCUGCCGACGAGGCUGCAGCGGCAGACCAAGAGAGAUAUAUGCUUAUCCUGGACGAGCGCCUCUCGUCAGCUGCGAAUGGCUCGCAAGGUGGGGCCAAUGCAGCAGACAAAGAAGGUCCGGCUGUUGUGUCUACUUUCGAGCCCAGGUUCGAGCGAUUCAAGGUCAUCGCCGACAUCAAACGGGAGCACGAGGAGAGAAAGGAGCAAGAGAAGGUCGAGGCUGCUGCCAAAGAACGUCAGCUUGCACAAGAGAAGCAAAAACAGAUGCAGGAGCAGCAAGCAGUCAUUGCAGCGCAGCGCCAGGCUGAAGCUGAGAAGAUGCGGCGCGAACACCAAAUGGCCCAGGAACUCAAGGCUCGCCAAGACCAACAACAACAACAACAACUGCAGCAGCAACAGAGGGAUGCGCAGAGACAACGGGCUAUGGCUGCGAAGGCUGCUGCUAAUCAAGCUGCUCAGAACAAUCAAAACGCAGCGGCAAACUUGGCACAGCAGCAGCAGGUGAACGUAUCUAUGCCCAACGGCACAUCUGGUCCAAUACCAAGUGGUGUUCCGGCUCAGACCCAGGCACGCUUCUCUCAGGCAUCUCAACCUCCUGUUUCUCCCGUCGUCAGACAGGGCACACCCCACAGCAUGUCGUCUCCCAUGCCCGGCGCUGUACCUAUGCAGCAGAACAACUCUCAAAUGGCCAACAGUCCUCCACGCCCGCCCUCGGCCGUUCAAGGUCAUCCUCCCAACGUUGGUGGAGUCCCGAUGGCGCACAGCAUGUCUGCUCGCGCUAGCCAGCAGAGUCACCAGGCCGCCACACCUCGCAUACAGCACGGUACCCCAAAUAUGCAGGGCACGCCUGUACCCCGGCCAGCGGUUGCCGCAACGCCUCGUAUGAAUCAAGCAAGCCCACCUCCCAACAUGAUGCAGUCAAACUCCCAGAUGGGCCAGCACGUUAUGAUGGGUACUCCGGGUUCCAUGCCGCAAGCUGCGCAUAACCCUAACAUGAUUGCCGCCCAAGUUGCUCAACAACAACGAGCUAUUCAGCAACAGCAGAUGGCCGCUGCGAUGCAGAAUGGCAUGGGCGGCAUGAUGAACGGCAACAUGAUGAACGGCAACAUAAACCCCCAGCAGAUGACGCCGCAGCAGCAGCAAUUCAUGCAGCAGCAGAUGCAGCAUAGGCUGAUGAUGCAGCAGCAGCAACAGCAGCAGCGCGGCAAUAUGGGUGGCAAUAUGGGCGGCAACAUGAGUAACAUGAUGAAUCAGCAGUUGGCGCAGAGAUACGCCCAACAGCUGAGUCAGAUGGGCGCCAAUCAAAUGAACGGCGGUCAAAUGACGCCGCAGAUGCAAGCACAGCUUCAGGCCCAGCUCCAGGCGCAGAUGGGCAACCCAAUGCAGCGCCAAAUGGCCGGCGGCGGGCAAAACAUGAUGAAUGGCCAAAACAUGAACAUGCAGGCCAUGAUGCAGAUGCAGCAACAACAAGCUAUGAACAACAAUAACGCGUUGACGAAUCAAGUCAAGCUCCAGGGCCAAGCGAUAUACAACAAGCAGAUCGCCAAUCUCGCUGCCAAAUUCGGCGGCGCCGUUGAGAACAUUCCGCAGGAUCAGAUGGAGGCCUUCAAGAGGAACUGUAUGAUGGAGGCAAAGAAUCAGAUUCAGAAUGUUCUUGCCCAGCGUAGGGCACACCAGGUGAUGAUGCAGCAGCAGCAACAGCAGCAGCAGCAACAGCAACAGAUGCAGGGCAUGGGCGGUAUGAUGGGACCUCACGGGAUGUAG